GGCUGAGGCGAGUGUUUACUAGAGACGAGCGGCGGUUGUUUUGAAGAACAUGAAUAACGAAUCCGAUUCGGAUCUCGACGAAAGAAUCGAAAUAUUGAAGCAGAAAUACUUACAGAGGAAGAAUCAGGUUCCAGAUGCGUCGGCUGAUGAUGGAGGUGGAGGACGCACGAGAGACUAUCAAACGGCCCUUAGAGACAUCUACAGGACGCUUUCAGACCGUCCACGAAGUAGACCUGACAGCGCUGAAGACGAGCCGAGUGACGAAGAUGAUUCUCCUGACGAAACGAACGUGUUCUGCACAGAGACAGAUGUGACUUUACCAUCCAAUCUGGCCCGAUCGUCCAGUUCCUCGGUGUUGAACGGCAGAGGGAAGGACGACGCGGAUGAAAGCCGGAGCGGCGCAGCAGCAGUGCAUGUGUAUCAGGAGAUGCUGCACAUUUAUGAGAAACUGCAGGCGGAGCGUGUCAGUCAGCAGGCGUGGGCGGCGGAGCUGUGUGAGCGAGAGCGUGAUCUGCAGCAGAGAGAGAAUGCCUUCCUGCAGCAGCAGCGCAGCGUUCACAGACUCAGAGGAGCCCAGCAGGAAGUGCUGACUCGCGUCCAGAGCCUGCAGCAGCAAUAUCAGCAAGAGAAAAGUGAGCUGGAAGCGGCUCUGAAGCAGAAAACUAAAGAGAAUAAGAGGAUGAAGGCCAGUUUUGACUCCAUUAAGGAAUUAAAUGAUUCUAUGAAGAAACAGCUUAAUGAGGUCAGCGAGCAGAACAGGAAGUUGGAAUGUCAGUCGCGGAAAGUUCAAGCUCGACUGGAGAACCUGCAGAGAAAGUACGAGUCCUUCACGACACACAGGAGCCGAGAAACGUCUGUUCCUAAAGCGUCCGAUCCCAAACCCUGCAAACCAGAGAGACCUCAGUCAAAUAAAGCAGCAGGCAAGGCCGUCGCACACGGGCCGUCGCUGAAGCUGCUGGCGCUGCUGCUGGAUUGGCUGGUGGACGGUCAGCUGAUGGAGGUCAGAGACGGGACGAACCUCAGCGUCCCGCGGCCUUCACCGCACGAGAGAUGCGCCAGGGUUCUGCCUAUGCUGGUGGAGCAGCUUCAUGGAGCGGCUGCUGCUUCCUCUGCUGUGACAGAGUCGUCAUCAUCGUCUGUUCUGCUGCUGUCUGUGCUGCGCUGCAUCUACUGCUGCCUCCUGCGUCUGGAGCGCAGCUCACAGCACGCCGUCCUGACCUCCACGCUGAGGAGGCUGGGCGAGGAGGUGUCUCGAGGGUCAUCUCCGCUCUUCAAGAGCUCCUGUCUCCACACGCGCUUCCUCUGCAGCCUCAUCAUCAUCAAGACCAUCAGUCAAGUGGACGUUCUGGCUCAGGCUGUGGACGUCGUGUCCGGUGCGGUUCGGACCGAUCAAGGGCAGGCGCUGUUCCUGGAGUACCGGGCUCUGCCGGCGGUUCUGGCUCUGCUGAGAUCUGGCAGUCCUGGACUUCUGGCUCCGUCUGUGGACGUCCUGCUGCAGAUGAGCUCACAAUCACGGACGCUGUCGUCUUUUCUGGACGAGUGCAGCACUGAAGAUUUCUUCCGCUGCGCCUCGCUGUUCCUCCGUCAUCCUCGUGUGGAGCCGCCGCUGCUGGAGAAGAUGCUCAUGCUGCUGCAGAAACUCUCCAGCGUCCGGAAGAACAAGCGUCUGUUUGAGGCGUCGUCGCUGCAUUUGCUGCUGCAGGAGAUGCACAGGACCAGCGACCGCAGUCAGACCUUCAUCAGCAUGAACCUCAGCUCCAUCCUGCUCAAUCUGGGCAUGCUCACACGCUCAUGACACACACUUAACACACAUAACACGCUAAACACUUCAUUAUAGAUGUGCCUUGAUGCUUUCUGUGUCUAAUCAUUCACUCACACGCAGCAGUGCAGUUUUAUUUAUUUUUUUGUAUAAACUGAAAUAAUGAAUUUAUAUACAUGUUUUAUACUGUAUACAACCACUUAAUAAAUUUUGAUAAUAAUAAAUUAAAUUGCCUCUAAUUAAGAAUGAUGU